AGGCCGUUGCCUGGCGACGGCGGCGCGUUCCCAGCGCGGCCGGGCCGGAUCAUGGCGGAGCCCGCCGGGCCGCCAUUCCCGGUCCCGCAGCCCCUGCCAGCCGCUUUCUUCGGGGCCGUGGCGCCGGGCAACCCGGUGUUGGACAGCUUCGAGGCCGAGCUGCGGGAUGUCCUGGUUUCUCUGCGGCGGCUGGGGGGCGCGGCGGGGUCCAAGCCGCAGCAGCACGACCUGCACCGCCGCGGAGCAAAUACUCUGUUUAAUAUUUGGGUCAAAUAUAAGCCUCGGCUGCCAGAGUGGUAUUACAAUGAAAAACUUCUGAAAGUUGGUGAUUCUCUUGCUCAGAUCAAAGAAUAUAAGUUGGCCCUUCUACAGUGCUAUGGAAGAUACCUUCAGCAGUUUGUUUCUGUAAACCUUGAUGAUAUCGUAAAUGAUGUGCAUCAAUUUAAAUCCACCUUUUUUCCAAAUGGUAUUAGAGACAAAAACGCAGCACAUACGUUCCAUGCUUUGCAAGAGAGGAAUGUUUGCAUUUAUCAGCUGGUUUGCAGCAGUGACAGAAAUCUCCAGAAUCAAGAGUCCCUGCAGACUUGUUUCAACGUCUUGUCCUCAUUACGAGUUACUAUGCAAGUGGCUCUACCUCAGGAGAGUUUGUGUUGGCUUAUCUACAAUGGUACUAUUCAUAUAUACACCAUAUGCAGACAUUUGAUGAUGAGAGGUCAGUCUGCUAAGGUUCUGGAAUACUUACUGUGGGCCAGUAUAUGUAUGGAAUCCUCUAUUCCGCUCUUAUCUGUACAUUAUUUGACAUGGAGAGCCACCCUAUAUACUGCAGUUUCUCAGUGUUAUUUUGAUUGUCAAGUUGGCAUUCAUGGAGAGAUGUUUGCUCGCCGUGGUCUGAUUAAAAUUGAUGAACUGAAGCAAUUAGAAAAUAUCAGUUCAUCACUGGAAAAUUCAGAGAGAAAGAAGAUUUUUAGAGAGGCCACUCUAAAGAUGUCAGUAAUGAUUUUCAAGAGAGCAGUAUAUGAAUCCAGAAGAAAGCCAAAAAGUUCCUUUCGACCUAAGUUAAGAGUUAGCCUGAAAGAAAUACAAAAUUUGUCCUGGCCUCGCACUACUACCGAACGGCUGCUGACAGAAAUGUUUGAUGGUGCCGCAGCUCAAUUCCUUGCCAUCCUGGAAGCUCUGUCUGAUAGUAGCAGGCAUGUUCUGCGGCCUGCUCCUCCUGUUCCUGAUGAAACUGAAAUUCAUGAUGUCAUUUCAGAGCUUUUUCUGGCAGGUCUGGAAAUCCUCUCAGGUGGAGUGAGCAGUACUGGUAUUCAAGGAAAUCAUUGCUCUGAUCAUUUUGGUAUAAUUAAUGCAUCAUCAACCCUUCUGCAGUUGAUACUAACAGGAGAAAGGGGCGUGUCUGGAGAUGCUGCUGUGAAAUUUAUAAAACUAGCUUUCAGCUAUGAAGAAUGGGACGUGUUUGAUUCUGCUAUUGAAUUUGUUGUGAAUUUUCUCCAGGCUCAAGAUGAUCUGAAAUGGAAGAAAGCUGAAGUAGAACUGAAACUUCUUACACUGGUGCAACCUAUACUAUUUCCAAGCAAACUUAAACACGGUUUGUCUAUUAGUGAAAGCAACACCAAAGAAGCUAGCAUGUCUCAUGAUUGUGAAAAGAGGCAAACAUCCAGAAAGGAUUCUUUAAAGCAUGGAGAGCCUUCUCACGAUCUCAUGAUUUUGGCAACAACAGUGUUUUCCUGUGUCUGCACAUCUAAGCAGAAUAUCCAUCCUGACAAAGAAAUACUUGUUGAUAUAAUAGUGUUUUUGUGGCAGAAGUGUAAAACAGGACUUCAGCGAAUCCAAAUGUGUGGAAGUGACUACUUAAAAUCUAUGCACAAACACAAAGCUUACCAAUGGGUUCGUGUACUCUGGAUAAUAAAUGAAGUAAUUCACAAGAGCACCAUAGCAGACACUGAUGCUGUAAUGCUUGCAGAGGUAACCCUACAUCUAACUGCAAUACUGGAAAACAUAGCUGAUUCUACAAGAAAAAUAAAUGCCCCUCUCUCACAAGAUGAAACCUGUGAUAUUCCUGAAAUACUGAUGAAAAGUCCUACAGAACAAUUACAAGUUGCUUAUGAAAGUCUUGAAAAUGCAAUUAAUGGAAUGAACACAUGUCGCUUAAUGACCCUUCUACCAGAUGGAAAGUCAAUAUUUGACAGCUGUUGUACAAAGGUGGGCUCAACUGAUCAGAAUUUGAAUUCUGUUUUGGGAUGUGGUAAUGAUAAGACAGGAACAGGUGAUGGUUUUGUAAUGGAUUUACACUUGGAGCUCAUACAGGCCCAACAUCGAGUAGCUGUGAAACUUCUUAAAAUGACACAAGGUGCUCAAAAGGGUGACAGAACUCUUAAGUCCAAGAAGUCUCAUGUGAAGAAUAUGAAAGAUUACCAUUAUUUAACAGAGGCACUUAUAAUGAGAAAAAUAAAAAAGAAUAAGCUAUCCAGAGCAAUCUAUCUGAUGCAAAAAGCUACACAGAAGUUCCCUGAAGAGUUGACCACUUCUUCCCAAAAGAAGCUACUGGAGGAAGCACUAACUUUAAUUGAGCAAGUUGAAGCCGAACAAAGUGCAUUGUAUCACAGUCUCAGAGAAGCUAUGAGCAGUAACAAAACACGUGGGACUCCUCCUCCUCCUCUAUUACUUUCCAGAUCACAUUGCUCCAUGACAUUUAAACCAGCCACAUUCUCCUCAGAUAUUCAGGUUUCAUGGUACAGUAUUUUGGGAUGUGUGGCAGAAGGAAGUAAUGUGAAAGUCAGGUUAAAUAACAAUAAACUUCGGAAUGCAGGAGAAGAGAUACCAGCUGAUGGGAAAAGCCUCUUGGAAAUACAAGGCUUAGAUCCCAAUGAGAAAUACAUAUUUGCAGUUGCAGCAUAUUCUUCUGAUGGAAAACUUAUUGGUGAUGCAAUUGGGGAAGCAACUCAGCCCAUCCUUGCAUAUCCACCUCUUUCUGUUACUGCUGUUCGAGCCUAUCUAACUCAGGCAGCCUAUCAGACUUGCAACUAUACAUUAGCCAGAGAAGCAUUUUCACCAAUGUGGGAUUAUUUUGUUUCUUCUCCACUGCCUACCAAUGCAGGUGUUGUUUCUGCAAGUAUAAAUUUGACUACAUGUGAAAACAGGCUAUGUUUUGAGGCUGUAUCUCAGACUUCUCCUAUUACCUUGCACCUGUUUUUAAGGAGUUUAUUUGCUGUCUGUGACAUUAAUGUAAUGGAAAGAGGACUCUUCUGUGAUUCCAUUUUUUCCAGUGAGAUACUCUAUAAGGAACAAGUUGCUAGAUUAGCAGAAUGUGAAAGAAUGGCUGUGGCAAUUGAACUGAGUAAUUGGUUGAAUGAUGCAAGUUAUACCCUGCAGUCUGUUGUGCAAUGUUAUGGUCUCCUUGCUCCAAUUAUUUAUCACAAGAUUUCUUCAGUCCCAGUAGUUCAGAUUCUCAUUAAGUGCUUGGCUGUCCUUCAAGAAAUUCCAAGUGCUACCUUGCAGAGGAAGCAUGUAGGAUGUUACGAGAGUGUUCAGCAUAUGAUAGCUUGUACUUCAUUUUAUACAGCAAAGGUACUACGUUCAUGGAAAGAAUACGAACUAGCUGUAAUUAUUGUUAACUAUGGGAAAAAAUUGCUGGAUUCCUCACCGGCAGCUUCACCUGACCAGUCAGGAGCUAUGAAAACUGAAGAAACACACACUAAGAAAGAAGUCAAAAGCACUUCUUCAAAGGCAUCCCAUUUUUCUGCAAGGGAAAAAGCAACAGAAAAUCUAAAUGCUCUUGAAUCAAAUCUCCUCAGACUGACCAAACCAGGUCGUGGACCAGGGCUUACAGGACGUGAAGAUCCUUUGUUCCUCUACCCUGUAAUUACAUGUUGGACGUCAAACAAUGCUUAUCGAGAAGUGAUGAAAUUCAAAAACAAACCACGUUUUCUUGAGUUCUUUGUACAAGUUUUGUACAAAAUCCUGAAUGAAGAGAUGUUUCAGUGUGUUCUCGAAUGGGCAGACAAUGUGCAAGUCUACUUGAAAAGGAGGAAUGACCACCUUCUCUCUAUUGGUGGAAUUUCAACAGAAGAAACAAGUUCUCCUACUCUGUCAGAAGGCAUGGCGAGAUCUGCUAGAGGAGCUGUGGGGUUUCAGAAACAUGUAGAGACCUCACCUUUAAAGAAAUCAGAGGCAUCAACUGUGAAGAAACCAAAAAAAGAAGUCUCGAGUAGAAAAAAAAAUCCUCUUAGACAGUAUUUAAUGAAACAUCCAGAAGUAAUGGAAUCUCCAGAAGCAAAAAGGAAAUGCCAGGAACAGUUGCAGAAAGUAGCUCAUCAGACCUUAGUGUUGCUGCUGAACCCAAUUGUGUGUGAUUACUUAAACCGAAAGAAGUUUCAUCAAAUAUGUCUUGAAGAAAUGCCCUGGAAGUCUCAGAUGAAUAUCUAUCUGGCAAUUGCACACUACAACUUAUUUAGAAAGAAACUGGAAGAGCAAUAUAAAGUUGGAAUUUGUGUUUCAGAGCAUCUGGAGAGUUACAAUAUUUUGGAUCCUUACGUAUACUCAUUAAAUAAUGCUGGCACCGUAGUUUUGAGAGAAUCUGAAGAAAAGGACAUAGGAACACCAAGUCUUCAUCUCCUUAAAAAGCCAGGAACGACCAAAAAAGAAACUUGUAAGGAUAAAUCUUCUGACCGCAGCACUAAACUGAGAGGGACAGAUACUCCUCCAACUCAAACAACAGAAACAUUAGUAUCUCGUUCCCCCAAAGAAUACCACCAGUUUCCGCCAAAUACUGUUUUAUUGGAGCAUUUUACAAAAAUCUUGUUGCAUUUAAGAAGAGCAGUGGUUCUUGCUCACCGUGGCGGACACUGGACGUUGCUUCAAAAUGCUUGUCGAGAACUUUGGAAUUAUGCUCGAGAUUUCCAAUAUAUUGCUAACCUUUUACGUUCCCAUACGGAUGCAUUUCCCAUUACCAGGAAUUUUCUUAGGAAGACCCUCUGGUUGCCAUUUUAUUUGGCAUCAGACAUGAUCAUUGAUAUGAUAAAUGAGCUGCAAGCCAGCAGGUCUCUUAAGAUUGUGGAUCCUGAAGGAGACUUCUGCAUUCCCAGUUGUUUAGGAGGUAUUACGGAUGAGAAUGGUGGUUCUAAUCUCCAUCCACAGUCUCCCGUGGAUGAUGUGAAUGUGGUUGACUUGAAAUGGACAUGUAAACUGAUUUUUAGAACAAUAGCAUUGUUAUAUCAAAUGAAGAAGUGGGAAGCACUGGUACACAUCGCUGUACAAUUUAAUAUAUUUACACAUGAGAGAUACACAGAACAAGUGGGUCCUCUGCUGGUGUAUGCUCAGAGGCAGCUGCUGGAAAGGAUACAGCAAUUCAGUGACCCAUACAGCCAUGAAUCUCAUUUCAUGAAAUAUCUGUCUGAUAAUGCAGAAAAGAUGACUUGCAGAAACUACAUAGGGCAGAAAUUACUGAUGCCUGUUGCCCCUUCUGCUAGUGAACAAUGUUUUCAUGGAUGCUUUUUCUAUCCUGAGAUGAAAAAUGAUGACGCAGAUUGCUGUCAAGCAAAAGCUCUAGCUUAUGUACCUCUUGAUGUGAAAGAUACACUGAAAUGUUUUAGAGAAACUCUACAAAAAUCUAAAUAUCACAGCAGAGCACUGAGACACAGCAGAAAACUGCUUUCAUUAUUUCUUGCAUACACACAAGAAAGCUAUGGAAGAGCAAGCAGCAGUCAUACCUCUUCAAAGAAAAGACUGGACUUUAAUCUGGGAGCUGAACUAAUAUAUCUACCGACACCACCUGACCUUUCUCAAGAAAAAUUUAAUUUCUCCCCUAUGGUUGAGAGUAAACCGAUAGCACAGUCACACCUUUCAGUAGUUAUCUCCUCCUAUGAACAAACUAUUGAAAUCCUUGAAAUAUACAAGCAGAGAGACCUCAAGGUUCAGGCUCUACAUGAACUUGGAAAUCUUCACUUUUAUACUGGAAACAAAAGAGCGGCUUUUAAAUAUUGGUGUCAAGCCCUUGAUGAAACACUCAACGUUGCUGAUGCUCUUAAAAACUGGCGAGAGUUCAGUUUCCCAAAGAAUCCUAGAGACUGUUUUGCAGUUGGAAGACUGGCUGAUAUUAGUCAGAAAUUUCUUUCUCAGGCUGGAAUUUGGGGAUGUUUACUUGCCGCAGUCUUAGUAGCUAAGAUAGCUCAGUAUAUAACAACAUCAAAUAUGAGAUUAAGAGCUAAAUACUGCUAUUUUUCUGCUAUACUUUUUAAGACCCUGUUUAGAGCUUCUCUUCCACAUCCGACAUCUGACUGUGACUUUGCACAAUAUGAAACAAAUACGCUUGUUCCUGGUAUUGACUUGUUCUCUGAUCACUUCAGAGCUGAUAUCUGUACUGUGGUUGCAAGUCUGAAUUUCCUUAUGUUUGAACUACAUUGUACAAAACAAAAUUUAAUAAUUUUACCAUUGUUGACAUUAUAUCAAUACCUGGUUUCUGAGGUUUGUAAGGAACCAGCUAAAUGUAUUGAAGGAAGAAUCUUAAAGAUUAAAGUACUUACAGAUAUAGGAUUUUUUACUGAGGCCUUUAAUGAACUGUCUUCGCUUAAUUGUGGAGAGAGAAUUCCAUGGAAAAUACCUGCAGGAUACAGAAAAAUUGAACAAACAAAGGCCUUACAGAAAUUUGACUCUUCAAAAUCUCUUCUGACUGUUACAAAUUUACAGGUACUGGAAGAUGUAUUUAAUGAGAGUCUGUCUUCAACAAUGGUACCACUGUGCAACCAACAAAUUAUGAAUAGAUUAACUUUAGCCAAAAUGAAUUUAAUCAUUUGCCUUUCUGCCACGAUAAAUAAUAUACCUGAAAAAGUGGGAAAACACAUCUAUUCUGUUGAUAACAACAGUUUGAAGGGGCAAAGCAGAAUUACAGCUUCAAAAGUAAAAGCUGAUGCUGGUAAGGAUUCAAGACAACAAGGACAGAGAGGCACAAUGGUGCAGCUUGUUGACUGUAAAGACGAAUUAAAUAUGGCCAUGCUGAAGGGGAUUUUAUUGACAGAAGCUGAAGAAAGUCUUAGCCAUCUUGUGCAGAACAUACAGGAUAAAUAUAAUGGGGAGACAUCUCUGUGUUCUGCUGAAGAUUUAGAGACUCUUGUUGAGGCCAAACUUCAGCUUGCUGCUAUUUCUCAGCAAAGGCAUCAUGCAGCUUUCAGUGUCGCUUUGGCUUUCUCUGCAACCCGAAUUCUACAAAAUGCCAAAAUUCUUAGGAUGGAAAUGACACCUUUUCAAGAAAAAAAGAAUGCCAGGAAACGUUUGGACUCCCAUGUUGAAGAUGUUCAACCGCUUCGCAGUGUAACAGCACAAGAUCAUAUGAAUUUGCAUUUGUGGCUAAGAUGUCGUACAAUGUUAGUGACUGCACUAGUAACACAGAUACAGGGCGUUGGUGACAUGGAAGAGAAUGAUGUGGCUGAACACAGAAAUGUGAUAAAAGAAGUAAUACUAGAGGCAGAAGCAUUUGGUGAUAUUGAGAGUCAGGCUGAAAUGAUGAUGCAAGCUGCUAUUCUUGACCUGCAAGAAAAACGUCCCGUGGCAGGCAUUAAACUUCUUUUGCAGAAUAUCAUCAGUUUACUUCAAGAAGAUACAUUUAUUUCCCCUCCGGCUUCUUUGACUCUAGUGAGAAGUAUGCUCCUGCUGGCAGACAUCCUAACACUGCAAACAGUAGAGGAUACUGAACAUUGCUCUUCUACAGCAGAACCAUUAAACUUACUAGUUUUGGCACAUGAGCUUACAAUUGAAGCAAUUUUUGUUUGUGGAGAACCCAUUGAACGGCAAAUAGAAGACAGUACAUUGACUUGCCUGGUCCUACCUACAAAAAACAUCUACUUGCCACAUAUCAACUUGCUAGCCCAAGUCAAAAUGAGAAUCGGACACGCAUUAGCUGAAAAAGUAGCAUGUACACCUGGAAGAGGAGAUGCACUGCAACGGCUACAUGCUCUCAAACAUUUAGAAUCAGCAUUGAAGCUUUGCAGAGCAUCUGCAACAAAAAAAAUAGAUAUGGAAGCUGAACUUCUUUUUCAGAUAGGUAAGGUAGAACGCCAGAUAACUGAAGCAGGCAAUAACAAGUCAUCUCAAGCUGUUGAAACCCUUUUGGAAGCUAUAAAACUCAGCCAGCAACAUGAUCAAAAAUUUGAGUUAAUAAGAAGAUCAUACCUUGAAAUAGCACUAUUAUAUUUGCAUUUAGCGAGAAAUAAUGAGGAUGUGUCACAGACAGAUAAGAUGGUGCCUUCCAAAUCAAACAUCACUCCUGAGGAGGCUCUGAAAUCAGAAGGCUACAAAGUACAAGCCUGGAUUGCAGUUAGAGCAGCUACACAGGUCAGUGAGGCUGUGCUUGCUUCUCAGCUAUUAAUUGGAAUGAAGAGUGUUAAAGAACACAGCAUGAAGGAUGCAGUGCAACAGAAAAUCCCAGAAUUUGCUUCCAUGGAUCUUCUUGCUUCAUACAGAGAUUUCUUAUCUGAUGGAGACAAUGUUGUCUCUGAUAGUCCCGAAGCAUCUUCUACUGAAAACAAACAAAUCAUGCAAGAUGAGCAGAGCCAAAGUGAAGGAACAGAAACUCUUGCCACCAAGGCCAGCCAGAAGAAAGAGGCAGUAACUUGGGUUCACUUAAUUCACUACCACGGUUAUUUAAAAAGACUUUAUAACAUGAGCUUUCUAUUUGAUGCCCCUAACUCAGGACCUGGAUCAUAUUCUGCAAGAGCUGGACACUUUAGUUCUGUUUUUGACACAGGGAUUGUUCUACGCAUAGCAGAAAUGCAUUCCUUUCUUAAAAAACAUUUGUUUGAAUAUUCAACGUGUUGUCUUGAGAAUUUCCCAGAAGAGCUACGUGAUGUAGAAUUGCUGCAUAGCAGGCCAACUGAUUCUCUACAGAUGUCUCUUGAAAUUACUGGAACUACACCAAAGAUGUCAUGUGUGAGAAGAGCUUCUCCUGUUUCUGUCACUGUAGAAGCAGAUAGGCAGAUGGAGAACAGGGCAGCAAAUGCUUCAAAUAAGGAAAUUAACAUUCAGUGGUACCUUCCUUCUCUGGCAGGGCCAUCAAACACUUCAGAGACUAAGGUUUUGCUGCUUUAUGCUUAUAAUACUAAGCCCAUCAAGAUUAGUAACAUUAAGAUUUUCAGUUCAAUGUCUAUGUUUUCAGGCCACUUGUGGAUUCCAUUGGCUAGAAUUAUUUCUUUACGGGAGGAAUUAUCUAAUCUAAAGCAGCAAGUUGAAAUGUUGAUGCAAAAUUCUAAAAGCUUGUCUUCAGCUUCAGAACCUAUGAGUUUUCUUGGACAAAGUGAAACUUCAAAAAUAAUUCUGUCAAAAAAACCCAAAAUGAAUGCUGCAAAAGUGCAUCUUGAUGAAAAAACAGAAGAAAUGGCUAAAAGGUGUUUAUCUGAAGUCAAAGCACUGCUGUCAUCUGUUCCAGCCCUGUCCUUGCCAUUAACUGAGAUCCCAUUUGAUGUUACUUUGCAAUCAAUAGCAAGUUUGGAAGAUAUGUUUGAUCCUGCUAAUGGAUGCAUAAUAACUGAAGAAAGUCUUUUCAAUUGGAUCGUUUCUCUGUUUCGCUAAAUUCUAUUUUUACAACAACUUAUUCAGUUGCUGGAUGCUACAGAUUUAGAUGUAAGUGCUGGUGUUAAUGUAACAGCCUCAUUAUUCACACCAGGAUUUGGCUCCUAAUGUGUUUUCUAAUCUUCAUGUUUAGCUUUUUCUAAUUAUUUAGAAAUUAAUAGUUUUUAAAAUGAAAAUACAUUUUUAGGAAUUAAAAGUAUUAGAAGUAGUUUCUUAAUAAGAGGAUUAGAAAUUUGAUUUAUUCAGUCACCUAUAAUUGAGUUUGUUGGAGGUUUUCUAGCUUUUCAAUAAGUUUUUAUUGUUUAGAAAAGCUGAAUAGGCUUGUCGCCUUCUACCAUCUGCUAAUAAAUACUGCUUUUCCCUGAAGUUUUAUUCUCAUCAUCAAUUUUUUAAUUACUUUUGCAGUUCUCAAGAGUUGGUUUUAUUUUUGAGAAUUUUUAAAACAUCACUGAGUUUGUUCUUUUACACUUCUAUUUGGAAACUCACCUAUCAGACUUUUCUAUGUUUUGUUAAAGAAAAACACGUCAGAGGACGUAGUGGGUAAAAAUGAUUGUUCAGAUGUCUCCAUAAUUUCAAAGCGUUUGUCUGAAAAAAAAGCCAGUUUAAAAAAUAAAAUGAGACUAUAGAAGAUUUUUGGACAUCAUUCUCAAAUGCUAACAAACCCUCUGUUUCUGUUGUCAAUGUUGUAAAUCUUAUUUUAAAGUGCUGAAGAAACCCUAAGGAGUCCUAUCAACAGCCACCUGAGGAAAUACUCUUGUCCAGUGUCAGAGAUGGGGAGUUUGGCAGGAUAAAGUGAGUUAAUUGAACAAGGCUGCACAGGAGAGUGCAGGACGAUUCACAACAGAGUUCAUGGCCCUUUGGUUUUGCUCACACCAGAAGGCCAAGUUCCCCUUCGCUAGUUACAAUAAUUUGUUUGCAACAAACAGCAAAAAAAGCAAAAAACCCAGGCAGUUUGGGCAGGAGUCCUGUGAGACUUAUCCUGUCACAAGCGAUGCUUUUAUGUAGCUGUGAAAAUUUAGGACUGUUACCAUUCCCGAGUUCAGCUUCUGUGAAAAUGAAACAAUUGGUUAGAAACACCAGCCCCUUUUGCCUCAGUCAGGCUCUCGCUGUGGUGUAGCCCAGUGAUAAAACAAUAAAAUAUCUUGAGCUCUUUGGACAUUGCAGAUUUACCUCGGCUUGUGCUUUUCAGAGAAACGUUAUCUGGUUUAACAGUGAAGUUUUUUUUACGGAGGCAGAGAGAGAGAGAGAGAGAGAGAAAAGACUGAGUAUAGUGAGUAUCUUAAAUAUGAUCAGUAACAGGAACAAAAGGGGUUCGGUUCUCUAUGUCAUUCCUAGAAAAGAAAAAAGACUGGAUGUAUUUGUGUUAUGUGUAGCUAUUAAAUUGUGCUAUUUUUAUUUUGUGUAGCCUUUCCUGGAAUGCUGUAGGUAGUAGGAAAAUUAGGAGGAUUAUGAUACAAUGAUAAAACCAAAAUAAACACUUAGUAAUUGAUAGGGAAGGUAUUUUUGCAAGACAAUUUAAAAACUGAGCUAGAAUAGUUAUUUAACUGUGCCACCUAACAGGCAGUUUAGAGGAGAUAUUCUUUAACGUUAUUCUUUCAAUUAAAAUAAUUUCUUGUUCUGUGGUUCUUCAAAAAGCAGGAAAGAUAAAAAAUGGCAUUACUCAUUUUUCUUUUUCAAGGAACAAGUAGAAAAUUGUAGCUUUUCGGGAAAAACUAUUCAGUCUUUCCUUGUGCUUUGUAAAAAGUAUAAAAUGUUUCUUAUUCUUUUUGGGGUCGCCUUGAGGAUUAUCAUAGGACUUUUGUGUAGCUUAAUUAAUAUUUGUAAAACAACCCAUAGCAUCAGGUGAAAAUGGAAGUAAAGUUCCAUUACAGAAAAGGUGUUUCUUCAGUGCUGUUAGUCUGGACUUUAUUCUAAUAUUCCUAUAC